GGGAGGCAGCGCGCACUCCUCGUCUCGAUGACCCACAACAAUCACACUGUCAAGACUCAACGCCCGUUCGACUUCUCUGUACCGCCGUGAGUGACAGCUGUCUGAGUCUCGGAUGUGCAUCUUGACUGCUGGCUGAUGACGACGACGGCGCAUCUCAUAGGGCAGGUAUUAUAUUAGCUGUCUCAUGUCAAGUAAGGCCCCGAAGCUAUAUUCCGUUGACGUUUCGGAUCCACGACUCGUUUAUGAGCCUGCGGAGGCGUGGGGUCCGUCCUGCAGUAACGGAGACACGGGCACGCAAACAGCCGGGUCUAGCGUCACUUUCACAUUCAACGGUACCUUUGUCGAGGUCUACGGCUCGUCGAGCUCAGCGCAGACCAGCACAUCAUUCGUUCUAGACGGUCAGCAGGCUGUCAACUACGCUAGCUCAGGAGCAAGUUCGCAGGACCUCCCUCUCUAUCACUCGUUUACCCUCAAUCACGGCGCGCACACACUCAAAAUCACAGUAAAAGGAGACGACCCGUCACUCUGUCUUCAGCAGCUGCAAUUCACGGGCACGCCAGUCCAUUCAGCGUCGUCGGCAUCUUCGGCUGUCGUACCUACACAGACUCAAGCGCUCAACAGCUCGUCCACCACGACGUCCUCCAACCACCUCUCACCAGGGGCGAUCUGCGGGAUCGCCAUAAGUAGCAUCGUGGUCUUGUUCCUUGUCAUAUUCACCAUCUUGUAUGCGUGUGGCCUUCUACCUCGGCAUUGUAGGCGAGGACGACGUCCCUCGAAGGAUGAGGGAGUAGAUAUCAUCUUGGACGAGAUGCCCAAAUCCCCUCCUCCACCAGUGGGCAUGGACAUCUUCCGGAAAAUGCUGAUACAACACGCCCAAAACAACGCCAUGACCCGUCUAGCCUCGGGACCGAACUCGAAGAAGAGUUCGUCGAACGGGACGCGGUCGACCGCCAUCUUCUCUUCCGUCGUCAUACUCACGCCACCCGUUUCGUCGUCUGGCGGGAGUCACGGCCGCUCGGAGAGACAACCUCAAAGACCCCAGCGAGCGCAGCUGAGGCCGUCCACACCUACUUUGCAUAUCGCGAACCAGGUUCAGAGUCCCUGACCACAUUCCUUGUUAGUACGAAAGCCCCCAUCUUGUGUCGAAUUUGUAUGGACAUCAGUACCACGGACUCCGGAAGAGCGAUUGCAUAUAUUAGUAGUCUUGUAUCUGGAUAAUCUCGAUAUGAUAUUGCGGUGAAGUACAGUAUUAAGUAUGUAAGUUAGCUUGGCCUCGGCCCUCCGGAAUGCCACGACCUCAGCGCUUCAGCCACA